CACCUCAGAUUUGUUCCUACAGCUGUGCGAGUAAAAGCCAGAGCUCUACCUUUGGCUGUCCGUGUUAGCCACGAUGGCCUCUUACACCGCCUACAGUGGCUAUGGCAAGCCGGUCACAUCUUACGCAGGCUCUUACUACGACGAGAAGCAGGCCAAGGCCUACGAAGAAUACCAAGACUCAGUGUAUGAGGAGAAAAAGAGGAUUGAGAAGAAGGAGCGCCGGGAAGCCAUCUGCUGCGAGGUGGUGGCCCUUGUGAUCGGUUUUAUUGGACUAAUCGGAGUGGCAGCCGUGACAGGGCUGCCGAUGUGGAAGGUAACCGCUUUCAUUGGGGCCGACAUAAUUGUGUUUGAAACUCGCUGGGAGGGAUUGUGGAUGAACUGCUACAGACAAGCCAACAUCAGGAUGCAGUGCAAGGUGUACGACUCCCUGCUGUUUCUGCCUCCGGACCUCCAGGCUGCCAGGGGUCUGAUGUGCAGCGCCGUCGCUCUGACCACCUUUGCCCUCAUCGUCGCAGCAGUCGGAAUGAAGUGCACCAAAGUGGUGGAUCACCGGGCUCGCACCAAGCACAUCGUACUUGUUGCCGGCGGCUGCCUCUUCCUCCUGGCGUGCGUCACUACCCUGAUCCCCGUAUCCUGGACUGGCCAUGUUAUCAUCCGGGAUUUCUACAACCCACUGCUGAUCGACGCCCAACGCAGGGAGCUCGGGGAGGCUCUUUACAUCGGCUGGGUGACCUCAGCUCUGCUUUUCACCGCCGGGGUGAUCUUGCUGUGCCGCCACGCUCCUCGCACCCAGGACCCAGAUGAGAGGAUCGUAGUCAGCAAUGCAGGGAAUAUAUACCAACCAUAUACUUACCAGCCUUACAAUUACCAGCCGGCUUACACCUACCAGCCUCAAUACUCUCUACCCCCGCCAGGAUCCGUAGCCUACACACCCAGCCAGUACUAGACAACGUUGGACUUGUUUAUUACACUUAAAAAGAAUCUAUUGACCACUGAGCCACUGGAAAUGGCUCAGAUGCUUCCACACCUUCUCAACGGGGGCCGAGUGUAUUGCAGAAAUUGAAAAUUGUUACAGAACGUCGAUUGUGUUUUGAUCACGAUAAUCUGCGUUGAAUGUCUUAAUGUUUUGUUUGCUUUCAUAUGCUGUACACGCACCAAGUUCUAUCCAGACAGUGCAUUUUAAACCUGAAGUAACACAACAAUUACAUAUUGAUGUCACUGUUUUUACAGUGUCUGUUGUCAUGCUCUUUUACUAAACAUUAUUCACUUUUUUUCAGAUGAUUUGUGUCCAUUUUGUAUACACUUUUGUUGUAAAUGUACAUACUUGUCUUUUCCACUGAAGUAAUAAAGCAGAUGUAGCUGAUAAAGAA